AGGCCCCCAGCAGGCCCUGCCGGGGCCGUGGGCCGCCCGCUGCGGGCGGCAUCGUCCUUCUCCCAGCCAGGCCCGACGGAGAGUGACCCGGGCGAGGGACAAGUCUUCCUCAGCGAGAGCUGCGUGAAGAGGCUGCUGGAAAUCACAGAAGGCUCAGAGUUUCUCAGGCUGCAGGUGGAAGGAGGUGGCUGCUCUGGAUUCCAGUACAAAUUUUCCUUGGACACAGUUAUCAAUCCUGAUGACAGGGUGUUUGAACAAGGUGGUGCCCGUGUGGUCGUGGAUGUGGACAGCCUGGCCUUCGUGAAGGGUUCCAUGGUGGACUUCAGCCAGGAGCUGAUUCGCAGCUCCUUCCAGGUGGUGAGCAACCCCCAGGCAGAGAAGGGUUGCUCUUGUGGGACUUCCUUCUCUGUCAAAUUCUGACUGGACUUCCCAUGGAUGAACACUGUCUGCAGACACUUCCUGGCAGUUUUCAGAGGGGUUUUGCGUGUUCUUU